GCUCCCUCCUGCCCCACCUUUUUCCCCCCUCCCCUCCCGCCGCCCCCCUCACACACCAUGUGGGACUCCUUCCAGCUUCCCGGCCAGAACCUCAAUGCCUCGAUUUCGCACCCGGUCUUGCGUGCCUGGCACACGGCCGGCGCCGGGCAGAGCCCCGACGGCACCUGCCAGUUCGGCCUUGACAGCCUGAUUUUCCCGCUCUUCGUCACGGAGGUUCCAGGCGCCCGUGAGCCCAUCUCCAGCCUUCCCGGGCAGUUCCGCCUGGGCCCCGGCGAGAUCGAGGCCUAUCUUGCUCCCCUGGUGGAGCUUGGCCUGCGGUCGGUUUUGCUGUUUGGUGUCAUCACCGAUGCUUCGACCCUGCCGAAGGAUGACACCGGGUCGGCGGCUGACCUGGCGGCCGGCCCCGUGCGCACGGCCAUUCGCAUCAUCCGUGAGCGCUUCCCCUCGCUGCUGAUCGCAUGCGAUCUCUGCCUGUGUGGCUACACCGGGCACGGCCACUGCGGCCUGCCGAGCCCGGCCGAUGCGGCCGAUUGCCACGCCCCCGGCGCGUCCGGCCUGGAUCACCGCCUGUCAAUCCAGCGCCUGGGCGACAUUGCGCUGGCCUUCGCGCUCGAGGGUGCGACCUUUGGCGAUGCGUCCAGGCCCCUGCCCUGGCCAUGCCCUUGCCAUUGCUAACAGGCGCCCUCCUCUUCGCCCUCCUCGCGACGCACACAGGCGCCCACGUCAUUGCCCCGUCCGACAUGCAGGAUGGGCGAAUUGCGGCCAUCAAGCAUGCGCUUGCCCACCGCAACCUGCAGAACCGCGUGUCCGUCAUGUCCUACAGCGCCAAGUUCGCCUCCUGCUUUUAUGGGCCCUUCCGCGCGGCGGCCAACUCGGCCCCCGGGUCCGGCGACCGGAGCUGCUACCAGCUGCCGGCCGGCGCCCGCGGCCUGGCCAGCCGGGCCAUUUCCCGUGAUGUGGCCGAGGGGGCUGACUUCAUCAUGGUCAAGCCAGGCAUGCCAUACCUGGACAUUGUGCGCGAUGCGGCCAAUGAGUACCCCAAUGUCCCGGUCGCCAUCUACCAGGUGUCCGGCGAGUAUGCCAUGCUCUACCAUGCGGCUCAGCAUGGGGCCCUGCAGCUGCGCGCCGCUGUGCAGGAGAGCCUCGAGGGCGCGGUGCGCGCCGGGUCGCGCAUCCUCAUCACCUACUACACGCCGCACCUCCUCCACUGGUGGGCUGGCCGUGAGUACGAGUACUGAUGGUGUCAAGGACACCGAACAGCUCGCACGCCGCCCCGCGACACUGCCCCCCCCCCCCCGGCUGCUUUGUCGCACCAACAAGCCACACUUGCUUUUCCCGCCCCUCCCCCCCCCCCUCCUGUCAGAGGUGGAGGCAGAGGAAGAUAUAGACUCCCCCGCGUUUCGA